AUGGCAGUAUCCACAGGAGUUAAAGUUCCUUGUAAUUUUUGCUUGUUGGAAGAACUUGAAGAAAGACAAAAAGGAGUAGGCGAUGGUACAGUUAGUUGAGGCUUUGAAGAUGAUGAAGAUAACACAAGGUGGACAGGCAUGAUUAUUGGGCCUCUAAGGAUAAAUGCACGGAGCAUACCAGUAUUAGCAAAAUGGCAAAAUUCAUAUAGCGUUCAAGUUGUACUUCAAGAACUAAGACGUCUAAUGAUGUCCAAAGGAAAUAUGAAGCUCCCACAGCCGCCAGGAGGACAAACAUACAACAAUUAA